ACGGUGCGGUGCUGUGACAACUUCCGGUCGGUCCGCGGUCAUCGCGCUAGCUGUACUAUCCGCUGUCCUAUAUACGACCGACGGCACUCACUCGCACGAUUGCUGGUCGGCUGAAGGCAUUGCAUGCACCGUUUUAUAGUUUCCCACUGAGUGGUGGAGUGGAAGUGGGUCCGUUCUUCAUGUAGCAGUAUCUGCUGCAGUUCCCUCGGGGUCUUUUGAACGGUGACUGGCACGCGACGUGAGGAGCUGAGCAGAGGAAGCGGACAGAUCCACGCAGCGCAGUUGUAGCCGAUGGCCAGUGAGAGCUCGGAAAUAGUAAAGAGAGGCUAUCUCUAUGACAGGAAAGGCAUUCUGGACCGAAAGCGUUGGUAUGUAAUACGGAGGGAUGUUGCCCGCGGUUCGUGUCUCAUCGAGAUAUUCAAAGACGAGAGAGCAGCAGCUAGAAUGGAGUCACCCAAGGCAGCCAUCAAUGUCCAUGACAUUGUCGAAGUCCAUCGGGUGGUUGAGCGUAAACAGAGUUUUGAGUUGUUGUGUCCAGGACUAGGGUAUCGGUUCAUGGCUAACUCGGAUGUGGAGGCAGAUGAGUGGGUGACAAGCAUCCGUGGCCUCAUCCUGUACCGCAAGGAACCUCCGAGCCUCUCUUCAACUCUGCCGUGCCACACACAACCUGUUGCAAUCUCUCAGUCUGCCCGAACGAUGCCGCCCCACUCCUCUCUAUCUGACACCGGCAGUCUGCACCGCAGCCAUUCUUACACCUCCUCCUCUCUGCCAACUCCCCCUGACCUUGCCUCGUCUCCCUCUACCCACCUCUCCAGUCACUCCUUUAGCAGAGGAAACAGCACCGAAUUGGUUCCUUUUCCUGGCCCUUUUAACUCUUUCCCUCCCCCUCCCUCACCUCCUUCCUCUUCAUCAGCUUCGGGGUCUUCAAUGGCGAGUGGCUCCAAUGCCAGCUAUGACCAGGGAGUUGGUGGAACUGCUGAUAUGGACACUGAUGUCAACAAUCUCCACCUCACACUAGGGUUCAGAGUGCAGGUGAAGGAGUCAGAGGCUCUGACUGUCAGUGGUGGUGCAGCUGACCUUGUCGUGGGUGAUGGUAGACUGGCCUUACACACGCCUGACACUGGCCGAAUGUUGGUGUGCUGGCCUAUUGCAGCUCUUCGUCGCUAUGGCGUCAAUAAUGUCAGCCUCACAAUAGUAACUGGCAGGAACUGCUCUACUGGGGAAGGGAAGUUUCAGUUUUACACCCAGCAGAGUCGCAGGGUGUACAAUCAUCUGCAUGCUAUGGCAGUCACCAAGGCAGCCAACAAGACACAACCUCUGUACAGGUCAGGCUCAGAGGCUGUGGUUCAUGGGCAGGCGAGUCCAGCGAGCAGCCAGACAGACCACUCCCCAACCCAACCCACUGCCAGUGAAGACUACUCUCGUCUUAACUGGCCAACUGGAACUGGGGCAGUGGACGGAACUUGUGAUUUUUCUCAUUCCACAUCGACUCUCUGUUGAUGUCUCUCUCUCUGUGUAUGUGUGUGUGUCUUUGUGUACUUAUUCAGUUUAUUGUAGCAAGUGAAAUGACUGGGCUAUAGUGCUACACAAAUGGACAGCUAUAGGAGUUUAGGGAGUGAACGUAGUCUUCCUAGAUCCAGGACUAUGUGGUUGUCGGGGUGACACGGCAGUUGGAGGUAGCUGCCUGACUCAACGUUUGUUGUGUCUGUGGAAAAGAUUCAACUUCACCGGUUGAGGAAAUACAGUGUUACCUGCUGAGUGACUAUUCACAUAUUUCAUUGUGAUGACAUCAGCUGCGUGAGCUGUUUCGUCGAGAGUAGCUUCUGAACAUGUUGUAACUGAGGCUAUUUGUGGAAUAGGGAGAAUGGAAAGCUCUGGACGAACUUUGUAUUCUGACUCGCCCUCGUUGCCAUGGGUCACUCUCCUGGCUUCCUCCUUUUCCACUGGAGUUUGUAGCAGUUCCUGCACACUUUCCUGACACAAUAAACAAUGACGUGGCUAUCAGGCACAAUAUGGAGCUCUGAUUAGGCCCCUAGAAACGUUUAAUGUCGCCAUGC